AACCCCCCCACUUAUUUUUCCCAGGGUCACUUUUCUGCCGACCUGCCCCGAGUCGCAACCAAUUCCCAUCCGCAGGUGAUGCUCUUCUCGCUGCGAAGACGACGUCGGCGACCAUGGCGGUAAAAGCACUUCAUGCGAUCUCCCAAGGCCGGAACGGCGUAGGAGCCUUCAUCCUCCAAUGCAAAAGGAUAGACCUCCACUACUGCGACUGGGCCGGUAGCUCUCGAGGCAUGAACGGCUUCAUCAAAUCCCUCCUCCCCAAAUUCGCCGCCGCCCAUCCCGAAAUUGAAUUCACCAUCUCCCCCCGCCCCGCCAAACACCCCGUCGCCAUCGGCCACUACAUCAACGGCCGCUCCAAGCCUAUCUGCGUCCGCAACAUGGAGCCCUACGAGAUCCUGAAGAAGCUCGAGCUCCUCCGCGACGCCAGCGGUGAGAAGCUCAAAAAGGUCACCAAGCCCGUCCGGUCCAUCAACGAGUCCGUCAGGGGGAUCUGGUCCCCGUACCACGGCAACGGUAUGCCUUUGUAACUUACUUUGUGUGUGGUUGCUGUGGCGGGUUGGGAAUGGGAAAUGGGUGCCUGUAUGAAAGAUAUAUCACAAUGGCAACGGCGUAUAUGGGCUGGUUGGUUUGGACUCUUCUUCUGGAAAAAGUCCAAAUAUGUACAAAAACGAUAUCAUUAUCCAAACCGGGAGAUGCAUACUGGGUUCAAAUUUAUGAUUUUAUGCGUUUACUC